UCUCAUUGAGAAGCGGAACCAGCAAGAAGAGAAAUCAGAAAAACAAAACAAUUUGUAGCUAUAGCUAGCUAGCUGCCUGGGGCAUAGUAUGGCUUCAUUAUUUUUUUGUUAAAAUGAAAAUAAACGUCCAUUCAGUUAACAAGCUACCUAUUUUAACUAUGAAUGCACGAAAGGUAGCGUGUCUGCCCGAUCUAAGUUUUUAGCUGGCUGGCUGUCCCUCAUUUUGAAAAUAAAGUUUCAAAAUAACAUAUGGCUUCUCCAGUCAAGAGCACAUAUCAGAAUAUGGAAAAUCAAUCUGAAGAUGGUCUUGGUGUUUGUGGAUGGUUUCUUACAAUUAUAUCUUUCUUUUUGGUUGCUAUCACGUUUCCAUUAUCAUUAUUUUUUUGUUUAAAGAUUGUUCAAGAGUAUGAAAGGGCUGUAAUAUUUCGUGUUGGUCGAUUAGUAUCUGGUGGUGCGAAGGGACCCGGUAUCUUCUUUAUCCUGCCUUGCAUUGACAAUUACAUCAAAGUUGAUUUAAGAGUUGUCUCGUUUGAGGUUCCUCCUCAGGAGAUCUUGACACGUGAUAGUGUUACAGUUUCUGUGGAUGCUGUUACAUAUUUUCGUUUGUACAAUCCUGUUGCAUCCGUGUGUAAUGUUGAAAAUGCCCAAAGAUCUACAAAACUGUUGGCCCAAACCACUCUUCGCAAUGAAUUAGGUACAAAAAAUUUAAGUGAGGUUCUGUUGGAACGUGAGAAGAUUAGUCAGAGCAUUCAGAAAAUACUUGAUGAAGGUACGAGUCCAUGGGGAGUAAAAGUGGAAAGAGUAGAAGUGAAAGAUGUUAGACUCCCUCCUAUGUUGCAGCGUGCCAUGGCAGCUGAAGCUGAAGCAUCUCGUGAAGCCAGAGCUAAAGUAAUCGCAGCUGAAGGUGAAAUGAAUUCUGCUCGUGCAUUAAAAGAAGCAGCUGAAAUCAUCAGCGAAUCACCACAAGCUCUUCAAUUAAGAUACCUCCAAACGUUACAAACUAUCUCUGCAGAGAAGAACUCGACGAUUGUUUUCCCCCUACCCAUGAACAUCCUGCAAAGAUUUAGUAAAUAAUCUGCAUGUUUGAGUUUAACCUGCAAUUUUUUCUUUUUGUAUGUUUUAAAUGAAUUAUAUAAUAUAUUUUUUUUGCAUAUUAAUAAAUACACUUAUUAUUUUGCUGAUGCAUAUAGAUGCAUAUAUGCAUAUAAACUUAAUCUUGUCUCAAAUGUUAUUUUAAAUGAUACAUAUAAUAAAAAAUUAUUUGUUUUGAAAUUUUGCAGAUGCUAAGCACUGAUAUAAACAGGUUAUCCUAUGGUUAAUUUAUAAUUGUGUAAUUUUUAAAUAUAUAUUUCUUUUAGUUUUAAUAUUGUGCUAUGUCUGUUGCAGAGAAUUCUAGGAAUCUUUCCAUGUGAUACUAGUUCGUUAAUCUUAGGGCAGUGUCAUUUUCAAAUCCAAAAACAAUUAAUGCUAAGCAUGUAAUCAGGUUUUUUUCACCUGUCUCUAGCAACCUUUAAUGUCUCAUUUCUGUUGCAUUGUAUUAUUUCAUAAAAAAUACAAUCAUAUGUAAUAAUACAAAAUAUAAAAAGCUAUUAGAUUGAGAAAACUGAAUAAAAAGAAUUUCACUUUACUCAUUAAUUAAUGACAGCAAAUAUGGAGAAUAAAAGAAAAAAAUAUAUUCUUUAGCUCAUGAAUAAAAUAUGAGUGAAAAUUUUUGCUUGAAAUAGCUUAUGGUAAAACUGUUUACGUAGAAAAAAAAACGAAAUAGAGGAUUUUGUUUUUGCAGAAUUGUAAGAUCUGUUUGGUGUCAUGUUGUAAAGUUUAUAGAGAAAAUGUCUUUAAGACUUAAUGUUGUUGUUUUUAAACAACAAUUGGAAAAGUUUUCACUUUUUUUGUUAAUAUGUGGUAGUAGUAGGUGUAUGUUUGUGAGAUUUUUUGUUGUUGUUUUUGCAUAUUUUCUCAUCAAAGUAUUACAAUUUAUUGAAAAUAUUAACUGCAGGAUGAGGUUGCUAUAGCUGGAUUAAUUAUUAUUUUUUCAAUCCACUUUAUCAAUUUUUUUUCGUUAAAUAUAUAACUAAAUGAAGAAAAACAAAUAGUGGAACGAGAAAAAAUAAUUUUAAAGAUGUAUAUUUUAUACACCACGUCCUGCUUUGUUAUUUUCACUUUUUGAGUUGUUCAUGUAUUUCACCAUACUGUUAUGUUGUAAAUUGUAUGUUUUUUUUCCUUUAUGUUUUGACCAUGUUAUACUGAAGUUUGCACCUGUUUCUAAGUUUUUUUUGAAGUUUGUUUGGAUUUAUCUCUUCUUUUGUUCUUUUUUUUGUUCAAUCCUUUUUAUUUUCUAUACCACCAAGUCAGAUUGUAAAGCCAGUGAUUUCUAUCUUAUCUUUGGAACUUCACUUUUCUCAUCAACAGUCUAUUUUUGUUUUAUAUCGUGGCAUUAUAUCGUGGCAUACCCUUUAUACAUGGUUUAAAGUACGUAUAUGUUGUAAGCCGUAUUGUUUCACAGUAAUAAAAAAAGUAAAUUACUAAAUUGGUGGAAGCAGGGAUUAGCUUUCGUCUGACGUAGCCUUGACUUCUUUCCUUAUGCUUAGUUUUAAUUCUUUAUUACAUUACGUUACAUAAUUGUAUUAAUUUCAUUCUAUUUUAAGUACAACUGUCAUUCUAAUGACAUGAAACGGAAUUUAAUAAACUAUCAGCUAUGUUGAAUACAGGUUUUCUGCUUACAUCAAGCAAGUCAUAGAAAUGUGUUUCCAGCAUGUCUUUCGUUUCUUGCAGGCUUGUAUUAGACAUAUCAGACGAAAGCAAAAUUUGCAUUUGGUUUCUAAUCAUUAUAGUUAUUUUAUCCGUUUCUUCUGUUCCAACAGCUUGACAUUCCACUCAGUCAAAAAAGUUAGAAAAAAUUGACAAAAAUUACAGAAGGUUGGGAAGGGCGUUUCCGAAUUAUCUCCUCCCAUGAAAAACUCAGAAAUAUUAUGAAACGCCUGUAGUCUAGUACUUUUUUAUAAAUUGUUGGAUAUAUUUGGAUUUUAUUGAUAAUCAUGUUUUCAUGUGUGUGCACAAGUUAUUUUCACACACGUAUAUAGAAGAGAUUUUGCUGCUGGAAAGUUAUGAAAUUCGAACUUCCUAACAGAGUGAACACACUUAACCUCA